AGGCACGAUACUGUGACUGUGACUGUAGAUGAUGAGUACGUACUGCUGAGUUCUCCUUUCCAGCCGCAGGAGGCAGAUUCCACCAGAUUCCACCAGAUUCCAAAAAAAUGAGGAGGAUCACGGAGCACGGCAGCUUGGCUCCCGGGUUCAGGUCGGGCCUCUGGGAGAGAAGCAGAGCUGCGGUGCGGUACCUAUGGGGUAUUUAUACAAAGCCCACGCCAGAUGCUGCCAGGGAGGUACUGGCACUGAUGUUGCUCUGCUUCAUCAUAUCGCUGGUGUCCAGCGGCUUCCUCUACAACUGGAUGGCCGACACCCUGAGCUACGGUCAAGCCACCUCUGCAGCCGUGGCUGGCUUCUGCGGCCCGAUAGUCUUCCUCCUCCUUUUACUCGUUCACCCGGCACGAUGCUUGUUCACCUUGGCUCUGCCCACGCUGGGUACGAAGCAGGGCCGCAAGCUGGUGCUCUCCUCUGCUAUGAUGCUCCUGUUGCUCAACGUUGUCCCCAACAUCACUGCCAAUGUGGGCGUCCUGUCACACAUGCUCAAGUGCACGUCCGAGAGCCUGGUCCAAGGGCUGAUCGACUUCUCCGACGUGAUGAACAGGGCCAAGGCAGAUGUCAUCGGGGAGGCGAUCAAAGUGCAGAAGGCGGAGCCGCAAUUUGUGCGCAGCCUGACGGAGUUCCAUCAUUUCACUCACAUCAACGUGACUGAGAUCAAGGACAGGGUCAGCAGCGUGAGCAAGAACAUCGAAAGAGACUUCUCCAACACCAGCCGCAUUCUGAGGCACAUUCAGUCGGUUGCCAACAGGCUUCUGGCUGCAUUCUUUGUCAUUUGUCUGCUUUUUGAAUCCGCCAGAUACCUGAAGUCAUAUCUAACAAAUGUCAAGUUUGACAAUACGUGCAUCUCCGGGACACUGCUCAGUAUGGCCUGUGACAAAGGACUUGAAAUAUCCCCCGGCAACAUGAGAAACCUGAACCGUUCUACAAGCUGCGGUAUAUCUCGGCAAGAAUUCCUAAGGUGCAUGCCUCGGAUUGUAGCCGUCACUUUGUAUUUAGUUGUUACCGUAUUAUUUAUUGUCUUGGAUUAUAUGGUGUACCACCUAAUUAGUGCCAGUAAACCCUGGGUUUUGGACAUCCCACCAGCUAACAUCUCCAUCAGCGUGGAGUACAAGGUUGAGGUUUACAUUCCAUUAUAUUGUAUCUUCAACGAGAACUGUGGAGAGAGCUCCGUGGUGGAUUUUCGGAGGACGUACCACGGGAGUCUCAGCGCCAGGCCCGAGCGGUGUGCUGCGGAUCUGUACGAACCGCAUCAACGAGUGGUCUUCUUGCUGGGCUUCCUGUACCUGGUGGCCUACAGCAUGGUGUUCCUCGAGGUGUACGCCAUGCGGAGCCGCCGGGCCGUGGCCUCCUCCUUCUUCAAGUGGCAGGAAGAGAAAAGAGUCGCGUUUCUCUGCCAGAAGGUUCUAGCCAAGGAAGAAAAGAAGAGUGGUAUCUUCUUCAUCAAGGCCACUCAUGGUGUCAACAAGCUGGAAUAAACCUGCAGCACCUGCAACAAGCAGUAGAACUUGCCAUGUAUUUACAGAGAUGGGAAACCAGUUUUUUUCCUGGCCAUUUCAGCAUUUUGUCAAGCUGAACUAGAAAUGUUCACACCAUUAUAAAAAAAGCUAAAUACGUUCAUUUCAGAAUCCUAAGUACA